UAGGAACUGUCUCUUUGAUUGGGGAAAGCAUUAGUUUCUGUUGUUCAAGUGAUUCAUGUGAUGCAGGUCUCUUGCUAAAGGUGAAUUAUAGAAGCGAGAGCAAGCGUUAAUAUUUUUAGUGGAAACUCUUGCCAAAAAAAAAAAAAAAAAAAUGGUUGAAAGUGCCGCCUUCCCCGGAGGUUACUACAGGAACUCUUGCUAAAGAUUCAGAGUCUAGUAGCUCGGAAGAUCAAUCUGAUGAGGCUAAGCCAAUGAUCCAAGAGGGUUCUUCCAAGAUGCCUGAAACUGCAAAUGCUGAGGCGCAAAGAGAUGAAGGUGAGAGAAUGGAUGAUCUUCUCGAAGGAAGCCGUGAGUAUUCAAUAACUGGUCCUAGUUCUGAUGAAUCAGAUGGCCAACCUGAUGGUGAGAGAGAUGCAGAGCUUGAGAGAGAAGCAGCUCGCCAAGCUUUAUUAAAGAUGGAGCAAACUGUGGAGAUCAACGAGAACUCGCGGUUCCUUGAGGACCUGGAGAUGCUGAGUUCGAGUGCACCAGAGCAAUUACCUAGCUCAGUUGAUGAAACCAGCCCCGAGAGAGGUUUGGACCCCCUUGGAAGUUUCAACUUCAGAGGAAUCAACCCUCUUGAGCAACUCUGUUUGUACAUGAAACAAGAUGAUGAUGAAGAAGUGCCCGAGGCUCCUCCUGCUGUUCCAAAGCUAGCUACCGACGUGGAAGAAGGUGAAAUCGAUUGAAAAAAGAAAAAAAAAGAAAGUGUAUAUAGAUAAUAUAUACAUUGUAUAAAAACAAUA